GCCCGACGUUGAAGGCGGAUUUGGCCGAUUCGGGAAUGACUGAAUGAGUCUUUCUGACUGUUAAUUCAUUCAUCUCGCGUCGUUGACUACGCACUGCGGACAGGGAAUUUUUAUUCCUUUUGUUUUGAUAUUCCGACCAGUUUCUUUUCCUGCCGUCUCAUCUCAGGGCUCGGUUGGAUCGGCCGUUAUCUCUCUUAUCUUCUUGCCACUGUGGCCUUCGUAUCCUCCCUACAGUUCAAGCAGCCCGCUAUUAUCGGUGAACGUGCGAAAUCGUCACCUUAAUAAUCUGUCAGUGUCAAACAUCUGCGACAAUGGCCAUCUACAGUGCUGUCCCACCUCCCCCGGAGUCUCCGGCAAUGUCGGCUUCGGGGGAAGCCCACCACGCUAGUGGCAACAUCCAUCAUGGGCAUCACCACACUCCCUCAAUGGCAUCAACGGCGACCCUUGACAUCGAAGCAUGGACAGUGUCUGCGCUUGAGUCGCUCAGCGUGUCCACCGAGGCCCGCGGAACCGGCAUUCCUUUCUCCAUUCCGCUGGAUAACAGCAUCCCCGCGCCGCGCACCAACCAGGCCCGUGUGUCCAUCGACCCGGGCCUGGGAGGCAUUGCACCCCCGCGCCGACCCCCGUCCCGCCGCGACAGCCAGCGCCGACGUGAGCUCGUCGCCAAGGGCAACGAGGGCAGUCGGCAGCGGCGCAGGUGGGAGAACGACCGUCUGGUUCACGUGCCCGGCGCGCAGCCCCCCGAGCCUAUCGACUUCCAGGUCGGCCCGACGCACGUCGUGCACGACUAUGUGCCCUACCAGGUCGCUCAGCUGUGGGACCGUGGCCUGCGCGAUCAGAUUGAGGAGGACCGCGCCAGGGCCGCCGCCCUCAAGAGGAAGCGCCAGCAGCAGAUCGACGCCGGGCUACUCUCCGCCGGGGCCGAAUCUGGCGCUGUGGCAGUCGGCCGCGUGCCACGUGAGCUUCGCGCCACGGCCAAGAAGACGCCGGCGCUGAAGGGCUGGGUGCGCACGCUCGAGGAGCCCGUCCGUCAGUUCCUCGUGGAGGAGGAUGCUAGAAUCAGGGCCGACGCUGCUGAGAAGGAGCGCAAGCGGUUGGAGAAGGAGAAGGAGAAGGAGGCACGCGCUGCUAGCGAGGGUGAGAGUGGGCUCGAUUCCGAAGACGAAGAAAUUGUCUUUAUUGGGCGACGCCAGGCCACACCGCAGAAGUCGAGCGGUCCGGGUUGGAAAAAGGCCCACCGUGAGACGCGGGACAAAGGGGCCAUUGACUCUGGCGUCGUCUUUGACUCGUUGGGCGACGACGAGAGCAGUGCCUUUAAGCGAUGGCUUACCCACUCGAUUUCUGACUACUAUGGCCUUUCAUCUCAUUCGGCAACCACGGGAACCCCGCCGCGAAAGGUCGUAUAUGUGGGGAUCAAGCCUGCCGGCAGUGGCUCGAAGAAAACGACACAGCUGCCACCACAGCUUCCACGGCCAAUGUGGGAGUUGUUUUGAUAAGCUUGUGAUAAAUGGUGAAAGGUCGAUGUUGAUGUGCAUGGGUAAGUAUAUGUUGAAUAAACGUGGGACUUUUACACGGUGCAUCUGUGGGGUUGUCAUCUAAAUGAGUAGCGGUGCUACCCCAAAUUGUCUACAACGGGAUUUUAGGCCGUGAUGAAAGCUGUGCAACGGCCUACGGGUCUGGCUUUAUAAAGUGCGAUACAGAGGGGUUGGGCGGUGCAAAUAUUGCAAUUGCCAUAGACUUUCUUCCAUCAAGUACCAACAAGGGUCUGAGUUUAUGAUGUCCAUGUCGUAACGUGUAGGCAUCGUUUUGCAUCCAUUUUCUUGAACCGCAACGCGCAAAAUGCAAUCCGGUCAGGCUUUGU